CUUUUUAUACAAAUCAGACAAUAAAGCAGCAUGUUGUGUACAUCCAAACCAGCCUCACAGACUCACUUUAAGAUGUAAGCCUUAUCCUCAUCUGAUCACAUUAAGAUUAAACUGAGGCGACUGCAUCCGUAUGGUCACAUGUGGCCUGUUUUCCCAGCUGAGCUUCAAGUAGACUUGCAGGUUUUUCACUCAGGUUUGGGAACAACUGAUAUCACAUACUCCCUUACAGCUUGCUUUCAUUUUGAUCCAAGAUGACUGGUAAUGAAUGUAUCUGUUUCCUGCUCAUCCCAUCUGUUAAAUGUAUGAGAAGGUAACCGUGUCUGUGCAAGAAAUAAAUGUGUCUGAGCAAGAAAAUCAUUUCCCCCCAGGAAUUGGAGAUUGGAGAUAGCUUUACUCUUAAACAUCCACUUCUACAAUUUGUUGCCACUUAAUGCAUCACCUAUUGGAUAAUUUCUGGAACUGUUCAAUCAAGGAAUGUGCCACAGAUGUAUUCAAUUAAGACUGCUUGCAUGCAAUUGCUGUAACUAUCCAUCACUGUGACAGAGCUGUAGAAAGAUUCACAUUGUGAGGGAUUAGUGUGAAGUAUGGAAAUGAGGGGUAGUGGUGUUGAUGGAUGAUUGAGGGAGGGUUUUUCCUUCUUUCCUUUUUCCCUUUAUUUGUGUAGCAGACAAUUAUAAAUCAUUAUCACACAGUUAAACUGUUGCAGGGAAACGUCUGUCUGCUGGCUACAUCCUGAAGUCACUUUCCUCUCAUUCCCGGCUUUCCUCUCUAAUUUUCCUGCACAAUCACAAGCACUGGUUGCUCUGUCAUGUCUCCCAGUAACACUGGCAUCUCAUUUAAAGGCAGCAGCCCAGCUCUGCAUCCAUUAGUUACAGUAGAGGGAGGGAAUAAGGGCUGUGGAGGGCUGGAAAAUAACAGCUAUUUAAGGGUUGGAGUUUAAGCAAUGGGGAUCUGACCUAAACUACUCCUCACACUUUAAAAGACGUUUACUCCCACUCUCUCUCUCUGUGAUUUUGACUCACUCUCUUUCUGACAGUAAAGGAGCUAAACUCCAGCCUGAGCUGUGAAUGGUGAGGAAAGAUAAGGAAGCUGGCUGAGGGAGAACUGACUGACAGAGCUGCUACCUUGCUGGAGAGGCUGCAAGACAGAGCGGUGACACUACAGAGCAAAGCAUCCUUGUUCUUGGUUUCAAUGAAUGUGUGAAGACUCAGAGGAGCGCUUUAUCUUACCUGCAUGGGCUUGUAACAAGUAGAUUGCACUAGUACAGAACCUUCACUUUUAAUGAGGAUUUGAUCUUGAGUCAGGUUCAAACUGAUAUUUAUCUUACUAAAUCCUCGCCACACAUCUGGCAUGGGUGCACGAAGCAUUCUGAUCUGCCUCCUGCUGACUGCCUUGCUCAGCUUAUCAAAUGCUGGGCUUGUGAAGAAAAUCUUAAGGCAUCGACGACAGACUCUGGAACCCCAUAAAGAAGUUAACAUCACGCUCCCCAGCGCAGACCAUCCUGUGGUUUUCAACCAUGUCUAUAACGUCAAUGUCCCUGCAAGUUCCCUGUGCUCUGUGGCCCUGGACGCUCCAGGGAGCAAGGAGCUCCAGCCUAAAGAUGCAUCAGGCAUCACGGAGCACACUGUUGAUGGGGAGAACCAGAUCGUCUUCACCCACCGCAUCAACAUACCUCGGCAGGCCUGUGGUUGUUCUGACGACGUGCCCGACCUGAAAGACCUCAUGAGCCGGCUGGAACUGCUUGAGGGGGAAGUUUCAGCAUUGAGAGAUCAGUGCAACGGGGACAGGGCCUGCUGCAGUGCACAGGUCACAGGUGAGGUGGGAACUAAACCUUACUGCAACAGUCAUGGAAACUACAGUAUUGAAACCUGUGGCUGCAUAUGUGAGCCUGGCUGGAAGGGACCCAACUGCACUGAACCCGAGUGUCCCAAUAACUGCCAGGGCCGGGGCCGCUGCAUUGAAGGAAAGUGUGAGUGCUUCAAGAGCUUCACCGGAGAAGACUGCACGCUCGAGGUCUGCCCCGUAGACUGCGGAGCACACGGCCAGUGUGUGGGCAGUGUUUGCAUCUGCUCGGAUGGUUUCCUUGGCAAAGACUGCUCUCAAACCAAUUGCCUGAACAACUGCCACGGCCGUGGCCGCUGUGAAGACGGAGACUGCGUGUGUGAUGAACCCUGGACAGGCUACGACUGCUCUGAACUCAUCUGCCCCAAAGACUGCUAUGACCGUGGGCGCUGUGAGAACGGCACCUGCUACUGCGAUGAGGGGUACACCGGGGAGGACUGUGGACAACGCGUCUGCACCAACAACUGCCACGGUAAUGGUUUUUGUGUAGAUGGCCAGUGCGUCUGCACCGCCGGCUUCGGCGGGGAAGACUGCUCUCGGCUCCUGUGCCUCAACAACUGUAACGGCAGAGGUACUUGCUUCAACGGAGUCUGUGUCUGUGAAAUGGGCUAUCAAGGUGCAGACUGCAGCCAGAUAGCUUGUCUGAACAACUGUAACAACAGAGGCCAGUGUAUAAAUGGACAGUGUGCCUGCGAUGUUGGUUUCCAGGGAGACGAUUGCUCUGUGCUUUCCUGUCCAAACAAUUGCCUGCAUAGGGGGCGCUGUGUUAACGGACAGUGUGUGUGCGAAGAAGGCUUCGCUGGUGAGGACUGCAGUAUCAGGACCUGCCCUUCAAAUUGCUAUGGCCGCGGCGAGUGUCUAAAAGGACGUUGUGUGUGUCAUGUAGGCUUCACCGGUGAGGACUGUGCUCAACUGAGCUGCCCUAACAACUGCCAAAACCGCGGCCGGUGCAUCGAUGGGCAGUGCGUUUGUGACGAAGGCUUCAGUGGGGAGGACUGUAGUCAGAAAGCUUGUCCCAACGACUGCCUAGCCCAGGGUUACUGCGUCGACGGCAAGUGCAUCUGUCUGGAAGGCUACUCCGGAGAUGACUGCUCUGUGCUCGCCUGUCCAGGCAACUGCAACAACAGGGGGCGCUGCAUCAACGGACGGUGCACCUGUGAGAGUGGAUAUGAAGGAGAAAGUUGUGCGAAACUGAGCUGCCUCAACAACUGCCAGGACAAAGGGCGAUGUGAGAAUGGUCAGUGCGUCUGUGAUGAGGGAUUCAUUGGAGAAGACUGCUCAGAAGUUUCUCCUCCAAAGGACCUUACUGUUGGCGAGGUCACCUCUGACACGGUGGACCUGUCCUGGAACAACGAGAUGUUGGUGACAGAAUACCUUGUGACGUAUGUGCCCACUAGCCCUGGUGGUCUUCACCAGGAGUUCACUGUGACAGGAGACAAAACAGCAGCCACCGUCAAAGAGCUUGAACCUGGCAUUGAGUACCAGAUCAAUGUCUACGCUGUUCUGAGCAACAAGAAGAGUGUUCCUGUCAGCGCAAGGGUGGCCACAGAGCUUCCACAGCCAGAGGGCUUAAGAUUCAAAUCGGUGAGAGAGACCUCAGUGGAGGUGGUGUGGGACCAGCUGGACAUCUCCUUUGACAGCUGGGAGAUCUAUUUCCGCAAUACGAAAGAAGAAAAUGGAAAAGUCAUGAGCACCCUUCAACCUUCUCAAACCCAGUUUCUCCAGUCAGGCCUGGGACCAGGACAGGAGUAUGAAGUUUCUGUUAACAUCGUCAAGAACAACACCAAAGGACCCCAAACAUCCAAAAAAGUCACUACCAAGAUUGAUGGCCCCCGGCAGGUUGAGGUGAAGGACGUGACGGACUCCUCUGCUCUGGUCAGCUGGUCUCAGCCGGUGGCUCCUAUGGACAGACUUACUAUGUUUUACGGGCCCAGCUCUGGCCCAUCUGAUGAAACCAGUGUAGAUAUCCCCCCCCAAAACAAGCAGCACAGCAUCGACAGUCUGAGGCCAGACACUGAGUACAAGGUGUCGCUCAUCUCCAGGAGUGGAGGCCUCACCAGUGACCCUGUCACGGCAACAUUCACUACAGCCCUGGACGCCCCGACAGACCUGCAGGCUGUGUCUCAGACAGACAACAGCAUCUCUCUGGAGUGGACUAACAGUCAAGCUGAUGUUGGUAGCUAUCUGGUGAAAUACAGUCCCAUCUCUGGAGCGACUCACAGUGAGGAACUGUUCCCACGAGGACCAGGAGACACAACAAAAGCUACUAUGACUGGGCUUAAGCCAGGGACAGAGUAUGGGAUUGGUGUGACAGCUGUGAAGAAUGAGAGAGAAAGCCUCCCUGCUACUACAAAUGUUGCAACUGAUAUCGAUCCACCCAGAGGUUUAGAAAAAAUAGAGUCCACAGAGACCUCCCUCACCUUGAAGUGGCAGAAACCUCGGGCUAAGAUUGGCGCCUACAAGCUCGUGUACGUCUCCAGAGACGGCCAGGCUGAAGAGGUCGAGAUCCCAGCAAAAGCGACUAGCUACGUCCUGUCCAACCUGACUCCUGGAAUGAGCUACACCCUCACUUUGGCUGCUGAGAGGGGGCACAAGAGGAGCACACCUGUCACCUUACCUGCAUCUACGGCCUCGUUCACAUUUUAUUUAGCUGACUCGGAUGACCGUGAGCUAACGACUCCUGCAGGCUCGGAGGAUAAUGUCAUUAGCUUUGUGUAUUUAGACCCUUCUGAGUCCCAGUUUUCAGUUGGUAUGGAGUCUGACGAUGAGCUCGGGAAACUGACUAUAUCGGGCAUCACGCCUGAUGGAUUUAACCUCUCGUGGAAACUAAAGGCUCUCAGUAUCUAUGAUAGUUUGGCAGUAGAAUAUAAAGACGCUCAGCGAGUGUGGGAUGUGAGAGAGGUCCAACUUCCUGGAGAUGCCACUGGCUCUAGAAUCCAGAGCCUGAAUGCAUCGACAGAAUAUCAAAUAAAACUUUAUGGAUUAACCAGUAGCCAGAGAUCUGCGCUACUUGAAGCUGUUGCAGUCACAGCACCCACGCCUACCUCUCCAGAUGUUCUUGUGCUGAGCAUCAAAGAUGCCCCUACAACCCAAACAACUGCUCUGGAUAUUGAAGCAGUUCCAAACCCAGAUCCCCUCCAUCCUCUAAACACUUCAGAUACAGGUGUGAUGGGCUCUGGGGCUGAGCCUGAAAGCUCAACCCUGGACGUGUUGGGGAACCUCACAGUCAAAGUCACCUCCACCAGUGUCAGCUUGGCUUGGUCGGCGCCUAAUGAGGCAUUUGACAUCUUUUUGGUGGAGCUCAGUGCUGUGUCAGGGGCAGCACAAGCUAAUGUGACCACACUACAAGGUAGUCUGCGAAAGGCUGAAAUAGAGGGUUUGUCCCCCUCCACACAAUAUGGUAUUACAUUGCAAGGGCUGGUGGAAGGCAGGCGAUCUUUACCUCUCAAAGUUUUUGCUACUACAGAGGAGCCGAAGCCCACGGUGGGGAACCUCACCAUCUCUGACAUUACAUGGGACGGCUUCACUGCGUCCUGGAUCCCCAACGCUAGGGAAUUUGACAGCUUUGUCAUUGAAGUAACAAAUUUGGAGAAUUUCGAAGAGAGCCAAAACCUCAGUCUGUCCGGAGACGCAUUGAGCCUGGGCAUCUCGGGGCUGAAUCCCAACACCAGCUACAUGGUUGGCCUGUUUGGGAUGUAUCAGGGCUCCUUCCUUGAACCCGUAUACACUGAAUCAACCACAGUGAAUCAACCAGUGGUUGGCAAACUAUAUAUCUCAAACUUAACGUCAGAGAGUUUUUCAAUCUUCUGGAAUGGCACUGAAGGAGAAUUUGAUGGUUUUAUCCUGGAGAUAAUUGAUUCUGAUUGGCUGAUGGAGCCAAAGGAAUAUAACAUAUCCCACAAUGUAAAGUCCCAUGAUGUCACAGGGCUCAGGCCCAACACUGACUAUAUAGUCUACGUCUAUGGGACAUACAAGAGAUCCCGAACAAGUGCUGUCAGUAUUGUUGCAUCAACAGCUGAAGAGCCUGAUUUGUCCAGGCUAGUUGUUUCUAACAUUACCUCAGACAGAUUUUCUCUGUCGUGGCGGACAGGAGAGAAGGCCUUUGAUAACUUUAUAGUAGAAGUCAGAGAGUCGGCUUUGCCCUCGCAGGCAAUGGGCCGCUCUCUGCCAGGAGACGUGCGCUCCACAGUCAUGGCCGGGCUUAAAGCGAGCACAAGCUACAACAUAAAGCUGUACGCCAGCGCUGGUGGCCAGAACACACAACCUCUGUUUGAUCUAGCUACAACAGAGGAUGUCCCACAGUUGGGGCCCUUAGCUGCUUCAUCUGUGAGUCCACAGAAUCUCAGCUUGUCCUGGAGCACUGUGUCAGGCCACUUUGAUGGUUUUGUCAUCCGGGUCAGUGACCCCGAGCAGCAGUCUGAUACGCUGGAGUUCAGACUGCCUGGGGAAUCCCGUAACAUCACAAUCUCUAACCUGAUGGAUGCCACAGGCUAUGAUAUUGAACUGUACGGUAUCUCUCAUGGGCGCCACACUCCUUCAGUGUUAGCCCACGCUGUCACAGCUCCUUUGCCCAAAGUGGAAAACUUGUCCAUUUCCAACAUAACCCCCUACGGCUUCCGUGUGUUGUGGGAGGUGAAGCAGCAGGAAGAAUUUGCCCCCUCUAGUGGCGGCUUCAGCCGUUUUCACAUAGUGGUGACAGACUCUGGCUGGCUGCUGGAGCCUCAGGAGUUCAAUGUGCCAGGAAACCAAAGUCACCUGGACAUCUGGGGCCUCAUCACCGGCAUAGGCUAUGAGGUCAGGCUGACCGGGGUGUCAGAGUCAGGGCUUCUCUCUCGGCCUCUGACUACAGUGGCUGUGACAGAGGCUGAGCCUGAGGUGGAGCAUCUCUUUGUCUCGGACAUCACAGCUGACGGUUUCCGUCUCUCAUGGACGGCUGAAGAAGACUUGUUUGAAAGAUAUGUGAUCAAAAUAAGAGACGGCAAAAGAUUAGCCCACCCUAAAGAGUACAGUGUCCAUGGCCAUGAACGAACCAAGAUUUUAACUGGACUCAUGAGUGGCACCGAGUAUGAAAUUGAGCUUUAUGGUGUCACGUUGGACCGACGCUCCCAACCUAUUGCUGGGGUUGCUCAGACAGGCCUGAGCACUCCAAGAGGACUUAGCUUCUCCGAUGUGACCGACUCCUCCGCUGUAGUUCACUGGUCCAUGCCUCACUCCCCAGUGGAUAACUACCGAAUCACCUAUGUGCCCUUUGAAGGAGGAAGUCCAAUGAUGGUGACUGUGGAUGGCAACGUGUUUGAGGCUUCUCUGCCCAAUAUGCUCUCUGGCAAAUUGUACAAGGUGACAGUGAGUGCUGUGAAGGGUCUGGAGGAGAGCGACGCCAGCACUGACACUGUAAUCACAGCUUUGGACAGACCGCAGGGUCUGACUGCAGUCAAUGUCACUGACUCCUCAGCGCUGUUGCUGUGGCAACCAUCUGUGGCCACGGUCGAUGGUUAUGUCAUUACUUACAGUACUGAUUCAGUGUCCCCAGUGGAGGAGCACGUUUCUGGGAACACGGUGGAGUUUGAGAUGGGCUCCCUGGUUCCAGGAACCCACUACUCAGUUGGAGUACAUGCUGUAAAAGAAGCGCAGAAGAGUGACUCUGUUGUUACUGAUUUCACCACCGGUGUGGAUCCUCCUCGUGAUCUGACGGCAGUUAACGUUCAAACUGACAGUGCGACUCUCACCUGGAAACCCCCGCAGGCUGCUGUGACUGGUUACAUACUCACCUUCUCCUCUGCUGAUGGUACAAUCAGGGAGGUAGUGCUCAGCCCGACAGCGUCCUCAUACAGCAUGGCUCAGCUUACCGGCUCCACAGAGUACAACGUGAGACUGCAGGCCAUCGCUGGAGCCCAGAGGAGUCGCCCCGUGAACACCGUCUUCACUACCAUUGGACAGUUGUACAGACGCCCCAAGGACUGUGCUCAGAUUUUACUGAAUGGAGAGACGACCUCUGGUCUGUACACCAUCUACGUGGGUGGAGAGGAGAGCCAGUCCAUGCAGGUUUACUGUGACAUGACCACAGAUGGCGGCGGAUGGAUAGUUUUCCUGAGACGCCAGAAUGGAAAGCUGGAAUUCUUCAGGAACUGGAAGAACUACACGGCUGGCUUUGGUAACUUGAAUGAUGAAUUUUGGCUGGGUCUGUCCAACCUCCAUAAAAUCACAAAUUCUGGCCAUUAUGAGCUGCGAGUGGAUCUGAGGGACAACGGGGAAUCGGCCUACGCUACGUACGACAAGCUCACGAUUGCAGAGCCAAAAACGCGUUAUAAAGUCUACAUAGGAGCGUAUAGUGGAACAGCAGGUGACUCCAUGACGUACCACCAUGGUCGCCCCUUCUCCACCUUCGACAACGAUAACGAUAUUGCUGUCACCAACUGCGCCUUGUCCUACAAAGGGGCCUUUUGGUAUAAGAACUGUCAUCGUGUCAACCUCAUGGGGAAAUAUGGUGACAACAGUCACAGUAAGGGGAUCAACUGGUUCCACUGGAAGGGCCACGAACACUCAAUUGAAUUUGCAGAGAUGAAGAUUAGGCCGGCCAACUUUAGAAAUUUUGAGAACAGAAAAAAACGAUCGUAGACUUGUGAAGCCCACUACUCGUCUACACAUCAUCUCCAACCCCCACCACCUCCACCUAUAGCCGCACUGGCAGCCAAGAACUUCUGUGUUUCCUCAUCCUCAAAUCAUUAUUUAAAAUACACACAAAACAAAAAGACCAUCAUGCUGAAUGUAAUUCAAAUUCUGGCUGUGAGAAAUGAACCUGCUAACUUUUACACCAUAGAAACAUUUUUUGUGAGGCCAUCCCAAUCUUGCACUGUUGUGUAUGUGUGAUUCAUUUGAAAGUAGCGGUGAGUUUGAUGAGCAUAAAUGGACAUACAGUACAUGUGUUAUUGGGACCAAACAUCUGUAAUCACAUGAGGAGUUCAUUGUAAAACUGUGUAAAUGAAUCCACUGAAUCGGUAACAUGUCGAGGGCACAUAGUCAGAAGAAGGCAUCCUGUCCCCUAAAGCUAGGGGAAGUUAAUUCAAUGUUGAAUUACUUAAAUUCCUCCAUCUUUAACUGAGCUAUUGACCAGGAUAAAUUCAGAAAAUGAUUCCAAUUAAAGAAUAUAAUGAACUCAAUGAAAUUACAUGAAUUUACCUUACAACCAAGAGACUAUUUGAAAACCACUAAUACCACUGAAUUCAUAUUUCAAUUUUGAUUUACUUAUUUUGAAAGAAAGAUGCUUUGUAACCUUCAAUACAAAUAAAAAUAUUAGUUUAAUAAAAGAGUGUGUGAGCAAUUUUUUAAAGAUAAAUAUGAAAAGACGCUUAAUUUAUUGCCACCUCCUUGCCAGCAGAUGGCAGUGUUUACUCUCUAUGCAAUACUGGUUUGUGAUGUAUCAUGUGGUUGUCUGGUGCUACGUAACAGUGUAUUUUACAGUGCAAAUGACCGUUUAAAUAUAAAAGUAUUCAUUAUUCAUGGUCUUAAAAAGCAUUUAUUUCAGUUCCCCCCCCAAAAAAGUCUUAGAAUGUAUUUAAAAAAUGAAAUUACAUAAUUGUUUUUAAUUAUAAUCAAUGUUUUUGCCGCUUAUCUGGGUCCAGUUCUUGUUAAUUGAUUUGUUGUAGUAGGAACUGUAUGUUACAUAAUGCUAGAAAUACAGAUACAAAUGUGGCAUAAUAGUCAAUUCAUGUUCUUAAUAAAUAAUUCUAAGCCUUA